GUGUUCCCGAGAUUUGUGACGCCCGCUUCUUGAAUUCCGAUCACAAUUUGGAGCCCAUUCUCGUUGCAGACAUGGACGACUCCUCCCACGAAUACAAGCUACUUGCCUUCGGCUCGAAUGGAUCUGGUCAACUUGGAAUAGGCCAUGUAGAAGACGUUUCGUGGCCACACGAAUGUCAAGGGUUGAUCACUGGUUCUGCGGCGGAUAUCAAGCAACUAGCAUCUGGUGGCAACCACACUAUUGCACUCCUUGACGAUGGCUCAAUCGCUGCAGCAGGCGACAACACUGAUGGGAGAUGCAUGGCGAGCUCUCUAAAAGAGCUACAUACUGUCUGGACCCAGGAACGAUCCACCAGUCACGACUAUGGCACCGCAAAUCAUGUCGCGGCAACUUGGUCUGCUACAUUGGCCGUGGGGGAAGAUGCGUGCUACGUAUCUGGGUCUGGGACCUCCGGCGAGCUUGGACUCGGAUCCACGGUAUCCGUCUCAGAAGCCAUAGCGAAUAUCGAGGGGCUCAUAUCGCAUUCUGAUCGAAUCAUCAAGGUCGCCAAUAGCAUGGGACAUAUCGUAGUGGUGCUGGCAAGUGGAGAUGUCUGGGGCUGGGGCAGAGCAAGGCAAGGUCAGCUCGGGGCACCAGCAGAGAUCGUAUGGCGGCCUCGUAAGAUCAACAAUGUUCCGUUCAAGGUCGUUGAUGCAGUCUGCGGUAAAGACUUUACUUGUCUAUUCGGAGACAGAUCCGCGGGGGAUUUUAUGAUUCUUGGUCUCGCUAGAAGUGAUCGAUUCGGAGUGAAGAAAGAUGCUCCUGAUAGCAUUCCUGGGUGGAAGCAGGUGGCAGCGUCUUGGGGCUCGAUCUACGUGCUUAUGGAUUCAGGAAAGCUCUUAGCCUGGGGAAGGAACGAUCAUGGACAGCUCCCUCCAACCGAUCUUCCACCUCUCGAGGCCAUCGCUGCUGGCAGUGAACAUUGCCUUGGUCUGACACAGGACGGUAAAGUCCUGGCAUGGGGUUGGGGCGAGCAUGGUAAUUGCGGCCCACUGACCGACCAGAAUGGCGACGUCAAAGGCCGCUGGAACGAGAUAGCGCUGUCCGGCACCGCAAGUGCUAUAUUCGCAGGUUGCGCAACGAGCUUUGUUGUGACAAAACAGCGUCGGCACGGAUUGCCGAGCUGA